AUGAUGAAUCCUUCUCUUAAGUUUCUUAUUCAAUUAUGCCACGGCCAUGAACCUUUGAUGCAACCCGAGGGACUUGAGAAUGGAGACCUAAAUGACGGGUUAUCAGACCCUCCCACUCUUUUUUCUGCCGAGAGAAUCAAGCUUCAUGACGUUAUCGAGAUAUCCGAUGUUGAGCAAGCUCGUCAAUUUAUAUGCAUGUUUAAUCUUUCUCGUUUGGACAAAAAGAAUUUAAAAUGCUGGAAAAAGACACGCCAUACACUCACAUGGUCUGACUCGAAACCCGGAGGGAAUCUGCCUCCUAAUCCUGAUAUGUUGCUGCUGGCUUCCGUGCACCACGAUACUCUGAUACGCCUGGUAUUUCCCCUGUGCUCCAUGAUGACCGACAGGUCGGACCCUUCAAGACCACUGACCGGUGAUAAUAUCUGGCGGCAUUUCAACUGGAAACUUUCCAAUCGAACUUUACCUCUUGGGCCCAUUCAGUGGACCGAAGACUCGGAUGGUCGAAAGAUGGCACUGGCGGUUGGUGGGGAAGCAGGGUUCAGGAGAACGGAAAUAAUUGUAAUCUUGGAUCCUGUCAAUAAACAAUGUUCAAAGUCCAUAUGCGCUGGCACUUGUACGGAAUUGCUUUUGCGCCUGAUAGGCCGUAUGGUUAAAUGUGGGAACCCUAAAGGCUUUGUUUCUAAGAUACCGGAGGAGUAUAGAUCACUUUAUUGGUGA